AUGGUGAAAACAACUACCAAUGAACAAUCAGUGAAUGAUACACGAAUGCAGUGCAAUAUUGAUAGCAAUACUCAUGACAAUACAGUAGAGAUUUUAAAACAAAAGGGUGAUGAAUUUGAUUGGAGUAGUUAUCAACAAGGUCUCGUUCUUUCUGCAUACUUAUAUGGUCACAUUUGUUCACAAUUUAUAUAUUUAUCGCUGACGAGAAUAACAGGGCCGUAUUAUAUAAACUUCAUAAGUCUGCUGAUCUCUGGAUUACUCUCGAUGCUGACGCCGGCAUCUGCAGGGUUGGGAUUCGGCGCGUGCUUUGCAGUCCAGUUUAUGCUUGGUGUUUUACAGUUCACGAAUUUAGUUAUUUACUCUAUGUGGGAAAGCUGGUCACCUGCAGAAGAAAGGAGUAAACUUUUGUCGUUUGCGACAUCAGGGUGUGCAAGUCUGCUACUAAGUUUUAUGUGGUUGUGGUUGGUGUUUGAGUCACCCGAUGACCACCCUCGAAUCUCAGAAACUGAAAGACGAUACAUUAAACAAUCAAAUGCCAUAACAUGUAUGAAACAGAAUGGAAUGUUGUCUUCCUUGACGGCAUUCUGUGUUUGGGCAUUCAUGAUGUUCUUUGGUUGGUUAUCGCAAGUCAUUGUGAGAAGGAGGAAUAUGUCGGUUAUCAAUACAAGACGAAUGUUCACCUUAUUAAGUAUGAUUCUUCCUGCUGCACUGCUGAUCAUCGUUGCAUACACUGGAUGUAAUGAAGCAUUGACCGUGUCACUAGUAGCUAUAUCAGCGGGAUUUUCUGGCACUUCUUCUGCAGCAUUCAAAGUGAAUGUCUUUGAAAUUGCUCCGAGCUAUGGGGGCGUUAUUUAUUCGGUGAUCAGUUUUAUAAGUUGUUUGAGUGGGCUUCUUGCUCCAGCUCUUAUUGGUGCACUAAACAAUAAUAAGAACUUGCUUCUUCGAUGGCAGAUUGUUUGCUGGAUUGCGUCAAUAGUAAAUAUUAUUGGUGCCGUUGUCUUUCUCGUAACAUUGAGAGUUGACGUCCAGAAAUGGGCUAUGGUGGAUAACAACCAACAGAGCACAGAAUACAAACCAUUAUAA